AUGGUCGCCGCGGGAGCGGGGCACACCGUGCUGCUCCGCAGCGGCGGCUCGGCUGUGGCCCGCGGCGACAACAUGCACGGCCAGUGCGACCUUCCUGCGCUGGCUGCGGGCCAGGCGUACACGCACGUCGCCGCGGGGAUGUCGCACACCGUGCUGCUCCGGAGCGACGGCACCGCCGUAGCCUGUGGCAGCAACAGGUACGGCCAGUGCAGUCUCCCCGCGCCGGGUGCCGGUCAGACGUACACGCGCGUCGCUGCGGGAGCGUGCUACACCGUUCUGCUCAGGAGCGACGGUGCGGCCGUAGCCUGCGGCGACAACAUGCACGGCCAGUGCGAUCUCCCCGCGCUGGAUGCUGGUCAGUCGUACAGAGACGCUGCUGCGGGGAUGCACCGUACGGUUCUGCUCAGGAGCGACGGCGCGGCCGUGGCCUGCGGCGACAACAGGUACGGACAGUGCAACCUCCCCGCGCUGGCUGCUUGUCAGAAGUAUAGCAAUGCUGCCGCUGCAGGAUCCCACACCGUCCUCCUCCGGAGCGACGGUGCGGCCGUGGCCUGCGGAGACAACAGGCACGGCCAGUGCAACCUCCCCGCGCUUGCCUCCCGUCAGACGUACAAACACGUCGCUGCGAAAGCGGGACACACCGUUCUCCUAAGGAGCGACGGCACUGCCGUGGCCUGUGGCGACAACAGGUACGGCCAGUGCAACCUCCCGGCGCUGGUUGCUGGCCUGAAGUGCAGAGACGUUGCCGCGGGGGGGGCCCACACCGUUCUGCUCAGGUGCGACGGUACGGCCGUGGCUUGCGGCCACAACAAGUUUGGCCAGUGCAACCUCACCGCGGUGGUCGCGGGUCACACCUACAUGCCGAAUCUGGUCGGCCGGCUGGACUCCGAGAAGGCAGAGCUUCAGCAGGAAGCAAACGCUGCGGCGGAGGCCAGUGCUGCGGAGCUGCAACAGAAGACCGACGCCUUCGUUGAUGCCACGGCGGAGGAUGAGGCUCUGCGAGCGCGGCUCGGCAUGUUGCAAUCCGAAAAAACGGAGCUUCAGCAGCAGUCCAAUGCUGCGUCCGAGGUCAAAGCCAUGGAGGAGGCGCUGGCAGCGCAGAUCAGCAGACUGAAAUCCGAUAAGAGUGAGAUCGAAGAGAUGGCAACGGCCAGGGAGGAGGCGCUAGCAGCGCAGGUCAGCAGGCUAGAGUCCGAGAAGUCGGAGCUCCAACAGGCGGCCAGCGCGUGUGCUGAUGCCGAGGUUUUGCGAGCGCAGCUCGGCAUGCUGGAAUCCGAGAAGAUGGAGCUGCAGCAGCUGGGCAGCGCCGCUUCCGAGGCCAACGCCGCGGAGGAAGCGCUGGAAGCGCGGGUCAGCGGGAUGGAGUCCGAGAAGCAUGAGCUCCGGCAGCAGGCCGAGGCUCUCGCCGAAGCUGCGGCGGCAGAGGAAGCGCUGCGGGCGCAGCUCGGCAGGCUGGAGGUCGACCAGUCGGAGCUGCUGAAGCGGCAUGCCGACGCCACAGCCGAGGCUGAGGCCAUGGAGGAGGCGCUGGCAGCGAAGGUCAGAGGGCUGGAGGCCGAUAAUGCGGAGCUGCAGCGGCAGGUCAGAGCCUUGGAGGACGCGCUGGCGGCGCACCUCAGCAGGCCGAACCCCGCAGAGUCGGAGCUCCAGCAGACGUCCGACGCAUGCGCGGAGGCCACGGCGGCGGCGAAGGCGUUGCGGGCGCAGCUCGGCAGACUGGAGGACGACCAGGCAGAGUCCCAGCAGCAGGCCAGUGUCAUUGCCGUUGCCACGGCUGCAGAAAAAGCGUUGGGAGCGCAGAUUGGCAGGCUCGGGUCCGAGAAGGCGGAGGGGCAACUGACGGCCAUGGCCAGGGAGGAGGUGUUCGCAUCGCAGGUCAGCAGGCUGGAGGACGAGAGGGCGGAGCUACGGCAAACGGCCAACGCAUGCGCUGAGGCAAAGGCCAGGGAGGAAGUGAUGGCAGCGCAGAUUAGCAGACUGGAGUCCGAGAGAGCGGAGCUGCACCAGAAGGCCGACGCCUGCGCUGAGGCCAUGGCGGCGGAGGAGAUUCUGCGAGCGCAGCUCGGCACGCUGGAAGACGACGGGGCGGAGCGCCAACGUCACGAGGAGGCGCAGGCGACGAAGGUCGGCGAGCUGGAGGCCGAGCAGGCGAAGCUGCGACAGGAGGCCCGUGCCAGGGAGGAGGCACUCGCAGGGCAGCUGCAGCGCCGGGCCGACGCGCGCGCCGAGGCCGCGGCGGCGGCGGCGCCGCAGCCGCCGCCCGGCGGGCCGCGGGCCGCUGGGGCGGCCAGGCCGGCGCGGGGCGGAGGCGAUUUCCUGGACGACGAGGGCGCGGGGCCUGAGCAGCAGGGCGGUGCCGCGCCGGAUGCCAGGGCCGCGGAGGAGGAGGCGCUGGCGGCGCCUGCCGGCAGGCGGCAGUCCGAGGGGGGCGGGGCCCCACCAGCGACGGCGGAGGCGGAGGCCGCGAAGCCGAAGCUGACGCGGGGCACGACGAGGCGCAGGGUGGGCGUCGCGACAGAGAGCAUCGACAGCGGCAGGGUCAAGACUUACGUCAAGCCCGUCUUCGCCAAGGACCGGGAGACCAUCACGAGGCUCGAGGCCAAGCUGAGGGAGGACCCACAGAUGCAGGUGCUGUUUGGCCACCUGGACCCCACGGGCCUCCGGGACGUCGUGAACGCAUUCCAGCCCAAGGAGAUCCUGGAAGGAGUUGAUAUCCAGCUGCUCACGGGAGACCCGGGCGACUGCCUCUACUUCAUCAAGGAUGGCAGCGUCGACGUCUUCGUGGCGAGGCCCGGCCCCGCGGGCGUGGCCGCGGCCGGCGGCAGGGGCCCGAAGGUCACCACGCUGGGCAGCGGCGCGCUGUUCGGGGAGCUGGCGCUGCUGUACAACACCCCUCGGGCGGCGACGGUCACGGCCGCGUCGGAGAGGGUGGACACCUGGCGACUGGACGCCCUGGACUUCAAGAUGCUGCGCAUGCAGUCGAGCCAGGAGCAGUACGAGAAGUACGAGGGCUGGCUGUCGAAGGUGGAUCUGCUCAAGACGCUGAACCACUACGAGCUCUCCAGGCUCGCCGACGCCAUGGAGAGCCACAGGUUCUCGCCGGGAGACACCAUCAUCCGGCAGGGCGACAUGGGCGACAGGUUCUUCAUCCUGGAGUCGGGGUCUGCCGCGGCGUACAUGCAGGGUGACGACGGCGAGAAGGAGGUCCACCGGUACAGCACCACGGGCGACUACUUCGGGGAGGUCGCCCUCCUGACGGCGGAGCCCCGCAGGGCCACGGUCCGAGCCGUCGCGGAGGGCUGCACCGCGGCGUCGCUGGUCGCGUCCGACUUCGCGAACCUGCUGGGCCCGCUGGGCGACAUGCUGAGGGAGCAGGCGGACAGGUCCGCCACGGGCGACAGCGAGACUCUCCCGCCCGAGGCCGCCGCCGCCUUGGGCCCGCGGGCUGCGGGGCGGCCGUGGGAGAGGCUGCCGCUGGCCUGUCUCGUGGCAGCCGGUGCCCCGUGCAGGCUCGCGCGCCCCGAGAGCGCGGGCACCUGGCGGGGAGAGUGGGCAGCUCCGGGGCCGCGCAGGAUCGAGUGCGCCGUGAGGGUGAGCCCUCGCCGCGGUGACCUCCCGGUGCGGGCCCAGGGGCUCCCGCCAGCGCUGGCUGCCUGCGCACCGGCCCCGGGGCUGCCGCGCGCAGGUGUGAGCUGCUCUGACCUCUGGCCGACCGGCUUCCCUCCGAGCUGGGGCAGGCCCGCGGGCUGCGGGGCGGCCGUGGGAGAGGCUGCCGCUGGCCUGUCUCGUGGCAGCCGGUGCCCCGUGCAGGCUCGCGCGCCCCGAGAGCGCGGGCACCUGGCGGGGAGAGUGGGCAGCUCCGGGGCCGCGCAGGUCAGCAGGCCGGCGUGCACGCCCGCGGCCGCGGCGACGGCGAGGAGGGCGCUGCCGGUGCAGCUCGGCGGGCCCGAGGGCGAGGGGGAGGAGCUCGGCGCAGCAGCAGCCGCGGCCGGGGCCGAGGACGAGGCCGAGGCCGAGGCGGAGGUCAGGGCGGAGGCGCCGGCAGCGCAGGCGGAGGAGAAGGCAGAGCUUCCACAGCGGGUCGAUGCCGUGGCCGAGCUAUCCGUGUCGAGGACCCACUCAAGGAGGCAGCCGGGGCAGCGCUUCCCGGACCAGGCCGUGGUGUCCUUGAGCUCCGCGGGCAAGGAGCGGUCGGAGCCCCUCCGCGCUCCGUCGGGGCUGCCGGUCAUGAGGAUGCGUUCUUCCUCCUCCGACGCCACGGCCGAGCACAGGAAGACGUGCGUGCCAGUCCUCCACCCGGAGCAUCCCAGACUGUUGAUGUGGAAUUUUGUUGGUGUCGUGUUCUUGGUGUACAUCGUGUUCAUGCUCCCUUACGAGCUGUCCUUCGGGGCCUGUGAGAGCCGGGCGUUCUUCGUUGUGGCUUCCAUCGUGGACGUGUAUUAUAUUCUCGACAUGGUCGCCUCGUUCCUAACGGGAUACGAGGACGAUGAGACCAAAGAGAUCGUCAUGGACCCCUGUAGGAUUGCGAGCAGAUACUUGAGGUGUUGGUUCUAUCUAGAUUUUCUGGCCGCCAUACCGUGGGACUGGAUGGACUCGUCGCGCAUGCCCUACUUGCAGUCGUCCAAGGCGCUGCGGGCACUUCGCAUCGCGCGCGUCGUGCGGUGCGCCCGCCUGUUCCGCCUGGGCCUGCUGGGCAGCCGCCUGGAGAUGUUUAUCGAGGAGAACCCCGGCCUGGGUUUCGCUUUGGGCGUGUUGAAGGUACUCUUCCUGCUGGUAUUUGUCACGCACUGCUCUGCGUGCGUGUGGUUUCUCAUCGGGUCGUUGGACGGUGGCGAGCUCAGCUGGGUGAACAAGCAUCUCGACAAUGACAUUGAUUCAUCCAAGGCGUACGUGUACUCGCUGUAUUUCACUCUGACAACGAUGACUACCGUUGGCUAUGGCGACAUCGUCGCAACGAAUUUCAACGAGGUGUGCUUCGUCCUGCUUCUGCUGCUCUUGGCCUCGGUCGUCUUCGCAUCGCUCAUGGGCGAGCUCACAGACCUGAUACGCGCCCUCAACAGGAAGUCGCACAACCUGGGCGAGCACAAGCAGAAGCUGGCCCAGUACAUGCGCUGGCGCCGGCUGCCGAAGGCGGUGGCCAUCCCUCUUCGGGCCCACCUGGUGUGGCUCUGGGAGACGGGGGCGGGCUACGACGACUACGAACAGGAGGUCAAGGGCUGCCUGUCCCCGGUGCUGAGGCGAGAGCUCGCCUACCACAUCUACGGGCGCAUGCUUCGCAACGCCCCCUUCCUGCAGUGGAUACGCAUGUACGAGCCGUGCCUGAAGGAGAUGACGGUGCUGCUGUCCUCAGGUUUCCUCUCCCCCGGAGACAAGCUCUUCCGGGUCGGCGAGCCCAACGACCAGAUCUUCAUGAUGCAGAGCGGGCAGGUGCGCCUCACGAUGAACGACAGCAUCCACGACACGGCCCCUCAGCAGCAGAGCGCUGACCUCGCCUACGAAGGGGUGCGCAAGGCUGACCUCACCCGGAAGGCGGCCAGCGUGAUGCGCGCGGCCUCCCGAAGCAGCAGCAAGACGUCUGUGCGCACGGCGGCGGACGAGAACGCCUCGAGGUCGAUGGUGCUCCAGGCCUUCCACGUCAGGAAGGCCGUCACGGAGUUCGAUGCGGCCGGCGGGGCGAAGACGAAGCAGGCGUCGCGCGCCUGCACCUUCAGCUCGGAGGUCUUCAGACUGGCCACGAAGGAGCUCCGCGAGCACGAGGCCCGGCUGUCCUGGUGCGCCCGGAUGAUCCAGACGUCGUGGCGGAAGCGCAAGAACGCCAGCCGCAGCAACUCUCCGCGCCGACCGCGGGCUGGCACGGCCCACAGCGCGGUGCAGACCACACCGAUCAGCGCCCCCGCCUACUUCGGAGAGGCUUGCCUUUGGCACCCCAUCGGCGACUGGGAGACCAGUGCGCCCGACACGUUCGCGUACUCGGCCAGGUGCGAAUCGCAGGUCGAGGUGGUCUACAUGAAGCGCACGGUGGUGAAGGCGAUCCUCGACAAGUUCUCGCCGUGGCUGGAGGACCGCUUCGAGGUCUUCCGCCAGGCCGUGGUCAGGGGGCUGCCGACCAAGGAGGCGGCCGCGGGUGCCCCGCCUGUGCUGUCGGAAGGCUCCGGCGCCCAGUGGCCGCCGGCCGCCGCCUCCGACCGGGACGGCCCCCCGACGCUGCCGCCAAGGCCUCGGCAGGCACUGCUGGACGGCCAGCCCGUGGAGCCCCCAGCGCCGCAGGCGGGGCCUGGAGUCGACUGGAACGCCGCCUGGAACCUCCAGGCCUGGAACAGGUGCCCUGGGGAGCGCCUCGUGACCUGCGUCGCCAUCGGCGGCCCUACGAGCGGCUCCGUCCGGCUGAAGCACGCGAGCUCCGUCAACGCGGAGUGGGACGGCACCGGUAGCUACGAGGAGGCGGCUGUGUUGGCGGGCAGCCCAGCGGCGGGGGCUGCCUUCGGUGCCAUUUCGGCGGCUAUCGAGAUGGGCGUCUCGACCAAGUGCUUGACGUCGCUCGUGGCUGCUGCAGUUCGAGGCGCUGUUCAAGGCGCCGCGGCUACGGCGGCCGCAGAGGACAAGAUCGACCCGCUCGACGAGGUGCAGGCUGUCGUCAACCUCGUGGGCGACAUCGCGGGCGUGGAACGGACGGUCAAGGACGCCAAGGAGGUCCUGUCUAGCCUGGGGGCUCCUGGCCGUGCCGUGGCGGGCAGGCUGGGGCGAGCCUCCAGGUACCGGAACGCGACUGCGCACCCGGCGUGCGCCGGCCUCGCCGCGGCGGCGGGCCAGGUCAUCGCCAGUGCCGGACCACAGUUGAAGCAGGGCCUGAUGAAGAAGAACUCGUCCAUCGAGAGUUCGACCGACGUGCCCGAGAGCGAGGACGGCGCCCUGGUCGGCUCGGUGGCGGCCGACAUCGAGGUGAAGCCGUUGAAGGAGCUGUCGAAGGGCACGGCCGAGACGGCUCAGCAGCUGCAGCAACAGUUCACGGACCUGCAGCUCAAGAUGGAGGAGGCUUCGAAACUGCUCGGCGUGUACCGCGUGCAGUCCGAGGACAGUAACAACCUACAGACUGAUGCUAAGGAGGCGGAGAAGGUCGAGACCCUGACGGAGUACGAGCUUUGCCUCGUGGACUCGGCCAUGCAGAAGGCGCUCGAGAUCGGUUGGGAGUGUACGGACGAGCUGCGCAGCCAGUUCGUGGACAGGGUUCUCCAGCGGGAGCGCGGCUACUGCACGGUGCGUGAGCCCGCGAAGGGCUUCUUCCUCACCGGCUCAAGCAUCGAGGACCUCAACGGCAUAUAUUGCCACGUUAAGUUGAGUUCGCUGCUGUUCGAAAGGCGGCCGCAGAUCGCCUACAGGAACGAGCGCACGGGCUGGUUCAUGGUACUGCAGGCGGAAUGGCACGAGUGCGGGGAGGACGAGUACGAGUCUGCCGCAGAGGAGGAGCAGCAGCUGCAUGAGGCCGCGGCCGCUCGGGCUCCCGGCGGUGACCGCGCGGCGGAGGAGCCCGCGAGCACCGGUGCCCUGGCACGGCGGCCGACCGACGAGGAGGACGACGAGGACGAGCUGCCGUGGCAGGUGAUCGCAGUCCUCGACUUCGGGGUGCUGAACGACCUCCGGCGGGCCUUCCGGUACCACGAGCGCCAGAUCGACGAGGCGUUGCGCGGCGUGAACCUGCCGCAGCCCGGCCCCGCCAGCCUGGAGGGCUGCAGCAGACCCGGCGCCUGGGUGUUCAAGGUGGUCCGCCCGGGGGGCGUGGACGUGCGCUCCGGGCCCUCGCCGAGGGCGCGGUGCCGCGGCCACGCGGAGGAGGGGGAGUACCUGCGCGCGGCCGAGCGCUGCGGCCGGUGGCUGCGCCUGGCCGCCCGAGAGGGCGCCGAGCGCGCCGACCGCGGCGCGGCGGACUGGGUGCUCCUCGAGGACGCCGGCGGGAGGGCCCAGCUGGAGCCCGUGGACGCCGCGAGCACAGGAGACCUCUCCGUGCCUGCGGACGAGGGCCAAGCGGAGAUGUUCGACCGGCCCUUCGAGCCUCGCCUGAGGGGGCCAGAGGAGCAGCCGGCCGCGGAGGGCGGCGACGCCGACGCAGAGGCCGAGGGUGACCGCCUGGACAUGCAGGCCGUGGAGAGGGCGGAGGAGGCCGCCGCGUCGCCGCCGCCGCGCCUGGCCGCGGGCAUGGAGGUGCUGGUGCGCGACCUGUGGGGCGCUGGCCUGGACGGCAUGGAAGGAGUGGUGGUGGCGCCGCCCGUGCACGGGCGCUGCCAGGUGAACGUCCGCGGGCGGCCCACGUGCACUGUGCAGGCGGCCAUGCUGCUGCCGAGGCCCGCGCAGGCGCCCGAGGGCUGCCGCGUCGCCGGGGCGGCGCGGAGGCUGGGGCUGACGCCCGCCGAGCUGGGGCUGGACCCGCGGGCCGCGGGCCAG